AUGACAGCGGCAACUGCGCCGUCACCGUCACCAGCACCAUCUGCACCACCAUCUGCACCACCACUAGCACGCACUUCAGCACGUCAGUCAUCCACCGACACCGCCGUCCACCACGUCACUGCUGAUGGUGCUUCGACGCGUCGACAUGAUCCAUCAUCCGCACCAGCAUCACCUUCCAAGGUGACAUCCGCACCUCCAGCAUCCUCAUUGACAUCAUCAUCAUCAUCGUCGACAACCACUAACAAUGCUGCCAGCUGUACCGGCCUUGGCACGCUGGCCAAGCCCAUCGAUCUUGCUUCGCCGCCAGCAUCACCGACAUUGACAGUGACCACUCCCAACGUCGUCGCGUCUCAAUCGACGCGUCCGCUCAAUCAGCCCUCACCGUCGCCCUCAGGCACUGAGUGCCAGGCAGCAUCGACAUCAGCACCACAGACAGACACAAGCAAUGCAGCUGCUUCCAUCUCCACUGCUGCUGGCGCGGCAUCGUUGCCCUCGUCGGUGCAGAAAGCGCCACCAUAUGGCAACGCGUUGAACACACCAAAUCGGCUCUUGCCUCCCACUCCUCUAGGCAACACGAGCGAUCGCGCUUCUGCUACCUCGCCGUCUGCAGCUAGCUCCACACCCUCCAAGCCAGUCCAGCUGCCUGCACCCUACAAAGCGCCUCGACUAGCACAGAGUGGAGCAUCAGAGUCCUUUGCUACUGCCUACCCGACACAAGAGACGCGUCAGAAGUAUGCUUCGCCUUCCAAGCCACUUGCCUUCGGAUCUGCUGUUGCCUCUUCUCACAAACGCUCCUGGCAGUCCAGCCGCUCGUUCGACCUCUCCAACAAGAAGUUCCGAUCCAGUUCACUCGCCAGUCCUUCGCCUGCAGCGGCAUCGACAAGCCUGACUGCCCCUACCGCUUCCGCUUCCGCUUCCGCUUCCGCUUCCGCUUCCGCCUCGCCAUCUCCCUCUGCUACAGCCGCUCGACCGCUCGCCUCUGCUCCGACAAUAUCUCGUCCACUUUUGACAACACCUACAGCUGGUCGGGCUACAAGCGCAUCAUCAGGUGUCACUCUCACCAACAUACCCAUGCCUGGCAGUUCGCUAUCCAUUCAGGCAGGCGUUGGUCCGCUUAACUUGAUACCCGCCGUCUCAGGCACAGAUCUUCCUGCUUCUCUUCGGGACGAGUACCUCUCGUUGCUUCAAAAGUCGGAGCUCAUCGACCUCGUCAAACAGCUUGAGAGGCAACUCAACGAUCUCAUUGCAGCGCCAGUUGGCUCUUCUACCCUCUAUCGACAGGCUCAUAUCUAUCCCAGCCAGAUUCAUACCCAGAUCGAUCGCCUCAAAGCGCGCCAACGCCUCCAAGCCGCUAAGACUCCCACCUCUUCAGAUCUGAGCCUCAAGGACGUCUACUCGCUUCUCAACGCCAGCCCUUCCACAUCCGCAACUCCCACCUUCACACGCCCCGCUGCCGUGCCAACUCGACCUACGACAUCCAAUCCCUUGCUCACCGGCCGACCUGCAUUCACUCCGUCUACAGCUCCUAGACGACCUUAUGCAACCAACCCGAUGCCCGUCUCAAACACGGGAGCCUCUCCUGGCACUGCCCCUCAGGAACAAGUGGGCAAAGAUACUGCUCAAAAUGCAUCGCUUGUCAACCUCAUCAACUCAAUUAAUGCAAUCCUUCGCCAGCAGGCUCAACCUGCACGCGGUCCCAAUGGCGCACCACUGCCACCAGCACAAGCGCCCGCAGGCACAUCAGCGACACCACCUGCCACCACUCCGACUGCCAAAGGUGGAAGCACAGCUGCCAGUAUCACACCUGCAACCUUGAGAAGCAUUGUCGGAGAUGGUCCAAUGCCGUCCAACGCUGCUCUUGCAGCCGCUAUCGCCGCUCACUUUGGCAACAAUUUACCUGGUCGCGCGACAGCAACAGCCUCACGUCCGGCAAACGCCUCAGCUACCUCUGCUUCACCAUCGGCUAACACUUCAGCUGAACGCACUGGCGCUGCCUCUUCUCAAGCCCCUGCGUCACCCCCUACGGCCGCGUCUGCAUCGGGCCCAGGCAAAGAUAUCUCGGACAAGAUUGCCGCCAUUCUUGGAUCAACAUCAUCUUUACAGACCAACAUGCUGGGUCCUCAAGGUCUGCCUCUCGCUCCCGCUGCUCAAACACCUGGUGUUGGAGCAGGUUCUUCGCCUCUGCCGAUUGGAAACAUUGCAGCCAUAUUGUCCAGCUUCAGUGAUCAAUCGAAUCAAUCCAAUCCCUCGGCUGGCUCGGCCAAAAGUGGCACACCAGCAGCAAGCCAAGGUCAAGAAAAUGCACUGUCGAGUCUGCUGCAGCAGCUGGAGGAAGCCAAGAAAAGGUUGCCAUCGCAGGCUACAGCAUCGUCAGCGUCCGCCAAUGCACCCUCAUUGCCAGCAGUGCCAUCUGCAUCCAAUCUUUCCGCUCUUCAGGAUCCUAUCGCGAUCCUUACCGGAGCCAGUGCCAACCCUGUUUUUACGCCCACCUACUCUGCAGGUGGUGCAAGCGCCACGACCUCGACUGGCAUCGGCGGCGCCAGUGGAUCGGUAUGGUCUCCUGAAGCCGAAUCCGUCAUCGUUCAGGGUCCACUAGGCACCAGCACACUUCCUUCGUACGAAGAGAUGAUUGUCGAAGGUUUGCGUAUCCAUGGUCAAGCACCACCACGCGAGCUCUUCAACUGGAUGCAGUCCACUUAUCCUCUAAUGAAGAAGUUCCGCCCUUCUGCCCACCAGGCCUUGCAAAAGGCUGCUAAGCGUGGCAGACUGCUCAAGACGGGAAGCAGGUAUCGCCUCAACCCAAACUGGAAGGAGCCGGCCGACUCGAGGAAGCCCACACGCAGGCCUCAAGUUGGGCGAGACCAUCCCAUGCUUGCGCCAGGUCUCAACGGCGAAGUAUUGGCUGUCAGCCCGCUCAAGGACAGCCAGGCUUAUCGCAAUGUUGGCGACUCGGCUCUUCGCACUCCGGGCAAAGGCACGCGACAGAAACCCCGACCUUAUGGGCAGCCAGGUGCUGCGCCGUUGGCCAACCCAGCCAGCAGUAUCUUCCAGAACGGUUCAGCAGCGUCGAUCAUUCUCGAGUACCAGAAGCGCACGGGCAAGAAGCUGGACGCCGAUUCGGUCAAGCAGCUGUACCAGCUCAUUCGUUCAGGACCCAGCGAUGGACCAGCCGAAGAGAUCCUGGCUCAUCUGCUCACGCAGACUGGAUAUCACGACGCAGCUGCCCAAGCCACAGCCGCUGCCGCUGCUCAGACCGCUGCAGCCGCCAUGCCGGCUUCGAUGCCAUCGUACCCUCCCUCCAGCACCUCCAUGUCGGCAAUGGCAUCAGGUACAUCGGCAUCAGGUACAUCGGCGCCAGUAUCAGCGCUGAGCAGAGCAGGUGCUGCCGCCGCUUUAACUGCAGCACGAGGCAGGAUGCCCACCAGGCCCGUGCCCAAGGGUCCCACAUCGCUGCCACUUACCACUACGAGCGAGCCUACGAUGAUGCAACAGCUGGCAAGCAUGCUCAACGAUCUCAGCUCGCCCAUCAAUCCUGUGUUGGCGAAUUCGCUGCUCGGUCAAUUGAGCAGCAAUGCGGCGGCUGCAGCUCGCGCUGCCAACAUGCCAGGUAUAAGCACCGCUCUACCGCUACCUGCAACGCCAGCUCGGACUAUGGCAUCUGCAACGUCAGCCCCUAGUUCAGCCUCUUCUCAACUCGCAACUGCAUUGUCGAGUUUGGCCGGUCAAACGCCUCAGCAGGAUCUCGAUUCGGCAGUAUCCGAGACACUGGCAGCAGCCUUGCAGCAGAUCGGCGCUGCACCGACAUCGACCGCAACCCCUUCAACAGCGGAAAGCGCCAGGAAGGAGAAGGAGAUUGUGUCAGAAGCAGCCACCACUGCGCCCAAGCAGCCUGCAGAGUCUCAAGCAACCGAGAAGCAGUCCAAAAAGGCAGCCGGCGAGUCGGGCGAAGCAGCGGAAGAAGGUAUCGAUCUGGCAGAGUACCAAGACGCCAUUCGAGCCCUUACCUCGGCUUUCGGCAAGUCGAACGAGGAUGCAGAAGAGGGAGACUCGGACGACGAAUCGGAUGUGGAAGCCGAUGAGCGAGCCAUUGCUGCAGCUGAAGCUGAGCCUGACUCGGUGGAAGAUCCAGCUGCCGAAUCAACGGAUGCUGCUGGGCAAGCUGACAAGGCAGAUGCGACUCAGGAAGCGCAGCACGAACAGCAACAGCAACAGCAAGAUGAAGUGGAGGAAGGUGGCGAGGAGGAAGGUGGUGAUGAGGUAGGUGGUAAUGAGGAAGAGGACGAGGAAGAGGAAGAGAAAGAGGAAGAGAAAGAGAAAGAGGAAGAGGAAGAGAAAGAGGAAGAGGAAGAGAAAGAGGAAGAGGAAGAUGGCGAGCAGAUGGAUCUUUCAGCAGUUCUUCGCCAGCUCACCGCUUCGUUGCAGGCUCAUCAGCAGACCGAUUCCGAGACUCAAGGAGAAGGCAAGAGUCAGGAAGGAGAUGUCGAAGCUUCAGCUUCCACUUGUCAGCCCGAAGCUGGCGAGGAAGAGGCGGAUAGCAAGGAGGAUUUGCAAGCCAGCAAAGACGUUUCAAAGCAGGCAGAUGAGAUGGAUGUGGAUCAGGCUAGAGAGGAGACACCUGCCGCCAAUAGCGAAGGCGCUAAGUCUGCACAGACCGAGAGAGCUGGAGAUGGGCAACAUGCUUCGCAAGAGGCACAGGCAGAAGAAGGUUGGCAAGACGCAGCAUCGUUACAGGCACAGCUGGAAGCGCUGGUGGCUAGUCUUGCUGCCAACGCGGGCAAUGCUGAUGAUGAUGACGAGAGCGAAGAUGAAGAAGGAGAAAACAAGGGUGACGAUGCUCAGCAAGAUUCAUAG